CGCCGCCAUCCGUGGAUAUCCGUGGUAUCUGCGCGCACUGCGUGGCGGCGACGUCGACGACUACGACGACGACGACGGUGGCGGCGGCGGCGACGAGCACGACGACAACGACAACGACGACGACGGCGGCCGGCCCGGAGUAGUAUCCUUAAUGUCAGACGCGAGCCUCCUCUCGGCCUCAGUUUUGUUUACCGUGUCCUCGCGUAAACAGCGGAGCGCCGUGCAAGACGAGAGUUAUGAGGCCCCGUUUCCUGCCUGUUAUCGUCAUCCUGAUCCUGACCGAGGCACUCGUCCGUGGUGACAGCAUAUCGUACAACACAGUAAAAACAUGGGCAAACAAGUUAGGUUUCGAGCUGUCGCAGUUAGGCAAGUUUGUGACCAACGCGGACAAGUUUAACGACAGUUACAAACAGGCUGUGUUAAAGCCACGUGAUGGGAAUGCUCUGGUCCACGAGAUCGCUAAAGAUAUCAAGGCGAUGAUGGAAUCAAAGAUAUCGGCUAUUAAGAGGAUCAUGGAUGUCGCGGAAACUUCAGCCUUGUCCGCCCCGGAUGUCGACCCCCCGGAAUCCUUCAACUAUACCAACGCAAAGAAUAACACGAUCGACCUGAAGCACAGUGCUCACUUCGGUGGCCAAGUGAAUUUGGAUAGAUCCGCCGUACACGUCCCGACCAACGUCUACGAUCGAGCGUCUAACGUAAUCAGAGCGAUAAAAUGGUCCGAGGAGUUGGACAAGACUUUUAUCAACAAUUACGAGCAAGAUCCUUCGCUGUCUUGGCAAUAUUUCGGUAGCGCGACCGGUUUCAUGAGACAAUAUCCAGCGAUGAACUGGUACAUGGAGCCUGUGGAUUUGUUCGACUGCAGAACCAGAAGUUGGUACAUCGAGGCGGCCACCAGUCCAAAGGAUAUUCUUAUUUUGAUCGAUACUUCCGGCAGCAUGACCGGAAUUCGCAGAGAAAUUGCCAGACACGUAGUGAACAAUAUUCUGGACACUCUUGGAAACAAUGAUUUCGUCAAUAUCAUCACGUUCUCGAACGUUACGAAAGAGGUGGUGCCAUGUUUCAACGAUACCCUAGUCCAAGCUAAUUUAGCGAACGUGAGAGAGUUGAAGAGAGCCAUCUUGAAUCUAGACACGGAGAAAAUUGCGAAUUUCUCGCUGGCUUUGACCACCGCGUUCGAGCUUCUCGAAACGUAUCGAACCGAAAGGGAAGGAGCCAGAUGCAAUCAGGCGAUCAUGUUGAUAACAGACGGCGUUCCUUACAAUUAUAAGGAGAUUUUCGAGACUUACAACUGGAGAGACAAUCCGGACGAACCGUUUAAAGCCGAUAUGCCGGUUAGAAUGUUCACUUAUCUUAUCGGCAGAGAAGUGGCAGAUGUGAAAGAAGUUCAAUGGAUGGCCUGCGCCAACAGGGGCUAUUUCGUGCAUCUUUGCACUUUGGCCGAAGUUAGGGAAGAGGUUCUUAAAUAUGUUCCUGUAAUGGCAAGACCGUUGGUUCUCGGUCGUACGGAUCAUCCAACGAUCUGGACCCCGGUCUACGCUGACGUAACAGAUCCAAAGAUGACCGACUGGUUGUGGGAACAAAGGGAGAGCGAGGAGCAGAAGGAGAGAUUCCUCAAUCUUCACAAAAGGAGAAAAUUGUUGAAUAGCGAGGAACGGGAUCGCAGGUUCGUGAAAAAACAAAAGAAGUCGCACGACCAGAGCGGCGAUCUUCAAGAGUACAGGCUAAUGACUUCGGUUAGCAUACCAGUGUUCGACCGACGGGAAAACGCGAACAUCACAAGGCAGGUGCUGGUGAACGAAGCGUACUGGGUGACAGAGACAAGAGAGACACGAAUCGCUGAUCUUCUUGGUGUUGCUGGCACGGAUGUUCCUAUUGAAGAGAUACAAAAACUCAUGAUGCCACAUCUGCUUGGCGUCAAUGGAUACGCAUUCAUCGUUACGAAUAACGGUUUCAUCCUAAUUCAUCCUGAUCUCCGGCCAGUGUUUCAGGGUAUUCUAAAGCCAGCUUACAAUAGCGUCGAUAUGGCAGAGGUUGAGCUUAUGGAUCAGGAUAAAGAGCCAAGAGAAUUCGACGAAGGAAUUAUCAUGCUUCGAAACGAUGUCGUCAAUCAACAAAACGGUAGCGUGACACUGCACACGAAAUAUCAUUACGAUGAUAUGAAACGUGUGGGCAGAAUAAAAAGAAAAUACGACUUCACCGGUAUACCGAAGACUCCUUUCACAGUGAUAGUUAGUCUACCAGAACAUGACCACACCGGAAAUUAUCGCGUGCACGCAACCGAAGAAAUACAUCGUUCGCACGUUAGUGGUAUAAACGUGUCUGAUUAUUUUGCUGGUACAAAUUGGCGGGUGCAUCCUCAUUGGUUGUACUGCAAGUAUCAUUACGAGGAUGAACGAUCGUUCAACUCCUCGGAAGCGCAACUUUUGCACUUCCUAGAGCGAACCCGCCAACCACGCUGGAAGUGGAAUGAUAUGAAACAACCCUCCCAGCCACCGGAAUAUUCAGCUACGAAUUCCGGUAAUGAAACUCACCGCAAAUCGAAACCUACGCCGUACAAAAUAGACAAAGAUUCGUAUUAUUGCGAUAGGGAUCUUCUAUUGAGUUUAGUGUUCGAUGCGAAGGUAACCCAGUGGUUUGCUAACCUCAACAUCACGCGCGAAGAGAAAGCACCUUUAGCUAGGCUGAUGAAUCUGCUGCCCAGGAAAACGUUUCAACAACGUUUCGGUGUAACGCUCGCUUUCAUGGCUACUCAUAGUGGUUUGACAAGAUGGCAAGAUUUCUUGUUAGACGAAGAAGGUGUUAUUCCUGAUGACCACUUCAGUAAAAUGUAUCCAAGAGCCAUUGAUGAAGUGUGGUACAAACGUGCCGUAGAACAGUAUUAUGUGCAACCAGAAAGUUUCGUUUUUUCCGUGCCAAUUGAUGAGGGUGCAGAUAACACCACCCUUGUCACUGCUAGUCGUGCCAUUUUUAUUGAUACUGAAAGAGCAAAAGCGCCAGUGGCGGUUGUAGGUUUCCAAUUUCAACACACCGCUCUUCAGGGUCUCUUCCAGAACAUCACGUUCAGUUGCGAGGGUUCAGGGAAAUGCCACACACAUUGUGGUGCAGAUAAUUGGGCUUGCUAUUUGAUUGAUAAUAAUGGAUACGUAAUCGCAGCCAAAGAUAAAUCUGAUGCAGGAAAAUUCUUCGGUGAACUGAGAGGACCAAUCAUGUCUAGCUUAGUAAAAGAAGGUGUUUUCGAAAGAAUCAGAAUAUUCGAUUAUCAAGCAGUUUGUUUCAAGAGUACACAAACUAGUAAUGAUGGAAGUAUUUUAUUGGCGCCUUGGAAACACGCGCAAAAGAUGAUUUCGUGGCUUGUUGGACAAGCAGUCUGGGCUUGGGCCAAAGCUGGAAUUUGGGAAUCCGAGUACGCAUAUGCUUAUCCAAACGAGGAUGAAGAUAUCCAUGAAGAAUAUCAAGAUAAUGAUCAAGAGAAACCACCAAUUACUGAGAAAUUAUUCGAUCAAAAAGUUUUGAUCAAUCGAACAAGACCGGAAGCUUGUGAUCAAGAGGUAUAUUUGUAUUUACGAAAUGCAUCUUUCGACAUGUUCGAUAUAGAUUCAGAUGUAAAGAAAGAUUGUAUGAGGCCAUAUAUCAUUCAACCGGUAAAUUACAGCAAUAUGCUUCUUCUUGUCGUUAACACAGCCUGCACAGAGACAACUAUGCCUCCUUUGAGCGUCAUUCCACAAGAAAUAAUAUAUGAGAAUAACUCGCUAGUAUGUCAGAAAGCACUCAUUUCCUUAAAACGGAAGAGACCUCAAUCGUGUAUUCGCAGUCAUUCGAGGGAGAGCGAAAUUAAAGAUCUUUGCGGUUUGGCUUCGAAUGUGACACCAAAUAUCUACCUCUUUUUUCUUUUGUCUAUAACCUGUUCUCUGAUUCAACGAAUUGACCUUGGUCAACAUUAAUUUUUUCAUUAGGAUGAUAUAUAUUGCUUAUCGAUUUAAAAUCGAUGAUAAAAAAUAAGAAAUGAUUAAUUAAAUUUCAAAAGUGCUGCUGAUUUAACAAAAAAAAAAUUAUCUUCACGAUCGUUCAUAUUAUACGAUAUAUAGAUGCCAUUAAAACGUUUUUCGGGAGGAUUGCGAGUAUUUAUCUUUGCCAAAUUUCAUUAUAAGUUAUCAGUAAAAAAAAAAAAACAAUUCGUUAUGAAUCAAUUGUUUUUUUUGUUCUCAUAGUUAUCAUGAUUCUAAAAUGUUCUAAUAUUUAUGGUAAUUUAUAGUAAUGUUGUAAUAAGGAGAAGUUCUCCGAGUCCUGGUGCUGUCUCCUCAGAUGGUACUUUGACGAUACUGCAGGCAGGGUCUGUAUCUACAUUAAUUGGUCCAAUCAUCAAUGUACCUCGAGGAUUAAACUAUGUCACGGGAUCAGGGUUAACGAUAUUUAAAUAGGAUGUAUACCCGUGAAUCGGUGCCGAACUAGUCCUAAAGAACAACCUUACUGCCCGAAAUGCAAUGCGAUGUCUAUUUCAUAUACGUUCCUGCUCUAUUUUUUUCUUUUUCAAAUUACAAUUUCAUUCAACUACUUAAUUUGUUACUUUGAUGAUAUUUAGAUUAUAACAAAAAAUAUCGAACUAUAGAAGAUCGGUUAGAGUAUCAUCGAUCGCUAUCAUUUUUAAUUUAAUCAAAUUUCCCAAAAAUUUUAUAGUACUUAUUCCAAAAUCUAAAAGAACAUAACAUGAAAAAAUAAUCAAAACUUUAUAAAUUCACAUUCAUCUAAAGAGAUAAGAAAAGGUAAUCAAAAAAAUAUGCUUUUUUGACAAAAAAAAAAAUAUAAAAAUAUUGAACAGAAAGAAAAAUAUUGUUCAUUUAAAUACUUAUUACAACUUAUUACUAGUUGUUUUACAAACUAUACAUUCGACCAAUCUAUACGUAUGUAGGUGGAAAAUUCUAGAGCGGCCAGAAUAUAUAUGACACAUUUAAGAUCUAGAUCUAAUGUGAUACAAAAGAGGAAGUUAAUUCCCUCAAGAAAUGUUCGUAGGUGUAGGAUGUACCUACAUCGUUAUACAUCGUUCGUCUUAGUCGCUAAUGUUAUUUUCUUGGAAUAUUCAAAUAGAUAGAAUUUUAUAGAAAAUUAUAUGUCGGAGCAGGGUCGUAUAUAAAAAUCACACGUUCAUAAUACUAUGAGAUUCACAUACACAUAUACACAUUUUGCGCUUUGUACAUUAACCGAUGUAAAACGUGUCGUUUGAUAUUUAUAGAGAUUACGAAUAUUAAUUUUGUAUAUUAAUGUAUUAUACGAGAGUUACAAGGAUGUGUGCCUUUGGACACGCGGUUAUGAAACAAAAUGAAACAAAAAAAAAAAAAAAAAAAAAAGAACAAAAA